UUAUUGAGGCAACGUAUCUCUUUUCUUUGACCCAAUAAUUCCAGAGUUUAUAAUUGAGUUGUAAUUGGACCACAUUCCUCGGUCCAAAGCUAGCUUACUGAAUAAUAAUACCUGACACCCUCUCUAUAUGUCUCCAUCUUAAACCUUUUCUCGGCUGCUUUUUUGCACUUUGCGACAAACCAAACCGACCGCACUAAUUGCAACACGAACCAUUAAGCGAGUCAUUGGCAAUUAUCUGGCAGCAUUUGAAGUCUGGGUCUGGGCCAACAGCUACUUACGGUUAACCAGCAACACUUGGCCAAAAGGAACGGGACGCUUUUCGGCCUUUGAUGUGUAUUUAAAAUGCUCGCCAGCCCACAUGUAUACUUGUGGGAAAUUAUGAGCUGCACUUUGGGUCCCUUGGUCAAACGGAGGUAAACGGAUUAAUUACAACGGGCACGGCAGAUGUAAAGCUGGGUAAUUUUAAGCUGCUUUGCACAUUUUAAUUAAACACAGAUUUUUCGUCAAUGCGCCAGCUUUAAAUGAGUUCCAGCUAGAACGUCACCGGCUUUCAGGGAAUCCAGUCUUAACCCCUUCCAACUGGUCGAAUGCAUUUAACAGGCUUGCAGAACCUUUGACAUUUGCUGAAAACUUUUCAAGUUGUUGUUUGGCAAGAAAUUGCUUUUCGCCGAAGCCCCUUAAAUGCUGGACCGUCAAUUAACAUUGAAUAAUUUUGCGUGUGUUAAGGAGGAUGGCUUAAGGUGCAGGAAAUGAUUGAAAAGCGUGGAAUUAAAAAGGAAAUCAAUAGACAGUCAGGCGAAUACGGGGCCUUAUGCAAUCGCAAGCGUGUAUGUCAGCUUAUUUUUAGCUGGAAAACAGACCCAGCAUCCGCACUCAAAUUCCCGCUGCAGCCAGGCAAUUGGCUGGCAGCUGCCCCACUCACACUCCUCGGUUAAGCAAACCCACCCAUUCCGUGCAACCACCUUCCUCCAACCACCGAGCAGUGGUUGUUAUGGCAUUCGGUGAACGCAUUUUGUAACAUGACAAAAUAGCGUAGCAUACAUUUCAGGGGUUGCAAAUGUGCAACAUUGAUUGGCACGGCCAACUGGCAAAUUGGCCACGGGGCCUCCAAUUGGGGAGCCUGCGCAGGCGCAGCUUAUUCAAUUACAUAACCUGGCGAUACCCGAUUCGGAAAAGGAUGCUGGCACUUGGCGAAACCGAAACCGAAACAGAACCACAACUGCACUUGUUGCUGGCACAGCGCGGCGUUUGGCGAUAGCUUUCGGAAUAAAAAACGCGUCGGAAAAAAUAAAGAAGAAAAACUUUAAAAAAAAUCACGGAAAAUAAUCAAUUACGCUAACAACCCAACCCUUUGCAGUUAUUCAAAAUGUGGCAUAUUGAGCAUAUGGAAAUCAAUUGUUGCGUGAACAUUACCUGAACUUUAGACCAAAGACAAGAGCACAUAUGAACAAAAUUAUGUGAGCGUGUAACUAAUUUGUGGCAUUUGUGAGCAAAUCUUCAAAAGAAGUGGAAGUUUCGAACUUUCUUCGGUUCUUCUCGUUUGCCCCCUUUCCCAUUUUUUCCGGCACUUGUUUAAAAAUUGUGCGCCUUGAAGUGGACUAUCCAACAGACCCGAAAAUGGACGACGAGAGCGACGACAAGGAUGAUACGAAAAGCUUCCUUUGCAGGAAAUCGCGUAAUCUCAGCGAGAAGAAGCGACGGGAUCAGUUUAACUCGCUGGUCAACGAUCUGAGCGCCUUGAUAUCCACCUCCAGCAGAAAGAUGGAUAAGUCCACGGUCCUGAAGUCCACGAUAGCCUUCCUGAAGAAUCAUAAUGAGGCCACCGACCGCUCCAAGGUUUUCGAAAUACAACAGGACUGGAAGCCAGCGUUCCUCAGCAACGACGAAUACACUCACCUCAUGCUGGAGUCUCUCGAUGGUUUCAUGAUGGUCUUCAGCAGCAUGGGCUCCAUCUUCUACGCCUCGGAAAGUAUUACCUCCCAGCUGGGCUAUCUGCCGCAAGAUUUGUACAACAUGACCAUAUAUGACCUGGCCUACGAGAUGGACCAUGAGGCGCUGCUGAACAUCUUUAUGAAUCCCACACCGGUAAUCGAGCCCAGACAGACGGAUAUAAGUUCCAGUAACCAGAUCACAUUCUACACCCAUUUGAGACGCGGCGGGAUGGAGAAAGUGGAUGCCAAUGCCUACGAGUUGGUCAAAUUCGUGGGCUACUUUCGUAACGAUACCAAUACUUCGACGGGUUCCAGUUCAGAGGUUUCGAAUGGCUCAAAUGGACAGCCUGCGGUGCUGCCGCGCAUCUUCCAGCAGAAUCCCAAUGCAGAGGUGGACAAAAAGCUGGUUUUCGUGGGCACCGGACGCGUACAGAAUCCCCAACUGAUCAGGGAAAUGAGCAUUAUUGAUCCCACAAGUAAUGAGUUCACCUCGAAACACAGCAUGGAGUGGAAGUUUUUGUUUCUGGAUCACCGGGCUCCGCCGAUCAUUGGCUAUAUGCCCUUCGAGGUUCUGGGGACAUCCGGCUAUGAUUAUUACCACUUUGAUGAUCUGGACAGUAUUGUGGCGUGCCAUGAAGAGCUAAGGCAAACGGGUGAGGGCAAGUCUUGCUACUACCGAUUCCUCACGAAGGGCCAACAGUGGAUAUGGUUGCAAACGGACUACUAUGUGAGCUACCACCAGUUCAAUUCCAAACCGGACUACGUGGUCUGCACCCAUAAGGUUGUCAGCUAUGCCGAGGUUCUGAAGGAUAGUCGAAAGGAGUGCCAAAAAUCCGUAAAUAGCAACAGCACCACCAACAAUGGGAGCAGUAAGGUAAUAGCCUCCACGGGAACUAGCAGCAAAUCCGCAUCUGCCACCACAACACUGAGGGAUUUCGAGCUGAGCAGCCAAAAUCUGGAUAGCACAUUGCUCGGAAAUAGUCUGGCCAGUUUGGGCAAUGAAACAGCAGCCACUUCUCCCGCCGUGGACUCAUCGCCCAUGUGGUCAGCGUCGGCUGUCCAACCGUCUGGAUCAUGCCAAAUAAAUCCCCUGAAGACAUCGCGUCCCGCCUCGAGUUAUGGAAAUAUCAGCUCCACAGGAAUAUCGCCGAAGGCCAAGCGAAAGUGCUACUUCUACAACAACCGGGGCAAUGACUCGGAUUCAACGUCCAUGUCGACGGAUUCAGUCACCAGCCGGCAGUCUAUGAUGACGCACGUCAGUUCGCAAAGCCAACGGCAGCGAUCGCAUCACCGAGAAAAUCAUCACAGUCAGUCACAUCAUCACAUGCAGCAACAGCAGCAGCAUCAGAACCAGCAGCAGCAACAUCAGCAGCACCAGCAACUGCAACAGCAGCUGCAACAUACAGUGGGUACUCCGAAAAUGGUGCCUCUCCUGCCGAUUGCGCCCACACAAAUAAUGGCUGGAAAUGCGUGUCAGUUUCCCCAACCCGCCUAUCCGCUUGCUAGUCCUCAACUGGUGGCACCCACAUUUCUGGAGCCGCCGCAAUAUCUCACCGCCAUUCCCAUGCAGCCAGUGAUCGCUCCGUUUCCGGUGGCGCCAGUGCUUUCCCCACUUCCGGUGCAGUCACAAACGGAUAUGCUGCCCGAUACGGUGGUUAUGACGCCAACACAGAGUCAGUUGCAGGAUCAAUUGCAGCGGAAGCACGACGAACUGCAAAAACUGAUCCUCCAGCAACAGAAUGAGCUGAGGAUCGUCUCAGAGCAGCUCCUCCUAUCCCGCUACACAUAUCUGCAGCCCAUGAUGUCGAUGGGAUUCGCACCUGGCAACAUGACAGCAGCAGCGGUGGGUAAUUUGGGAGCAGGUGGCCAACGGGGACUGAAUUUCACCGGCAGCAAUGCCGUGCAGCCACAAUUCAAUCAGUAUGGAUUUGCCCUGAACUCGGAGCAGAUGCUUAACCAGCAGGAUCAGCAGAUGAUGAUGCAGCAGCAGCAGAAUCUGCACACGCAGCACCAGCACAAUCUGCAGCAGCAACAUCAGAGCCACUCACAGUUGCAGCAACAUAACCAGCAGCAACAUCAGCAGCAGCAGCAACAACAGCAGCAGCAACAGCAGCAGCAACAGCAGCAACAACAGCAGCAACAGCAGCAGCAACAGUUGCAGCUGCAGCAACAAAAUGAUAUUUUACUGCGUGAGGAUAUCGAUGAUAUAGACGCCUUCCUCAAUCUGUCCCCCCUGCACUCACUGGGCUCGCAAUCCACCAUUAAUCCCUUCAACUCCAGCAGCAAUAACAACAAUCAAAGCUACAAUGGGGGCAGUAAUCUGAAUAAUGGCAACCAGAACAACAACAAUCGCAGUUCGAAUCCCCCGCAAAAUAACAACGAGGACUCGCUGUUGUCCUACAUGCAGAUGGCCACCGAAUCGAGUCCUUCGAUCAACUUUCACAUGGGCAUCAGCGAUGAUGGCUCCGAAACGCAGAGCGAGGACAACAAGAUGAUGCACACUUCCGGCAGCAAUCUGGUGCAGCAGCAACAGCAGCAGCAACAACAACAAAUCCUGCAGCAGCAUCAGCAGCAGUCAAACAGCUUCUUCAGUUCGAAUCCCUUUCUCAACAGUCAGAAUCAGAACCAAAACCAGUUGCCAAACGAUCUGGAAAUAUUGCCAUACCAAAUGUCCCAAGAGCAAUCACAGAAUCUAUUCAACUCGCCUCACACAGCCCCAGGCAGUAGUCAAUAGCGCAUACCCACUGUAUAUAACUCUCUGUAGCGAUAGGAAAAGAUAGAAUUGUAGAGCUCCAGGCAACCCAUAUACCAACAUAUCCGUGUAUUAUCAAGUUUGGCCUCUGGCUCUCUUUAUCGAACCUCCUCUAUCGGAAGCCCAGAGCUAGUUGUAGAUCUCAACAGACUGAGUAUUGUCCCACCCCGCUCCCUUCAUGCGUUGUAUAUAACAUAGGUGUACUAUAGAAAAGUUCUCAAAAAAAUUCAUUGUAAGUAGGUUUUAAAUUGUUGUAGUUUGUAGCAAGAACCCAUCGUUUCCAUAGGUUAGCCUUAUCCAGUAAGUGCCAUCGAGGCGCAAACAGGGAUCUCUGAUACGAAAUCGAACCUUAAAGCCUAAUCCUAAGUUAUUUGUAUUCUAAUAUACUGAGAAGCGACUAACAAGCGAACGAGUUGAGCAAAGCUAAUUCAAUUCCAUAUUAUUUUCAAGACUGGGCUUCGUCAUUGAGGUCAAAAAUGAUAUUUAUCGUACGAUUUAGUGUUAUUCUGUAUGUAUAACUCAAAACUCAGGUUGAGAUUGCAACUGACAUUUAUUUUGCUGUGAAGAUAUUCCCAUAAGUUUUCUUUAGCCCCGAUCUUUUCUGACAGCUGAAAUGCCAUUAGUUCAAUCGUUAUUCCAAUUUCCCCUGCAUUACCAUUUUACUGUUGGAAAAGUUCGUUCGAAUAUGCUUCGAUCUGCAGCUGAUAAAGAGCCAAAUGCUUUAAACUUAGGACUUGUAAAUGGAAACAAACUAUCUUAAACUCAACUACAACUACCUUAAUAAUUUUAGUUAACUCAAUGUUUAAGAUUUGUACAUACCUAUAGGACGAGUCGUUAGCACUUGCUUAAGUCUGUAAAUACGCGUACGAUGAGGAUAAUGUAGACCCAUUUUGUACAUAACUGUUUAUAUGUUUUUCAAAAGAGCUUAACAACAAAAUGUAAUUGAACAUGCUAACCAAACAAGAAAAACCAGAACAUUAUCGAUACUGAGUUGUAAUAAAGCAAAACAAAAAACAGUUACAAAAACUUAAUUGCAUGGUAUUUAUUAUUUGAUUCAAUCUUAAUAGUAAGUAAAGAGAAAAAAAGUAAAAAAAAUUCUACUCAGACGCGCAGCUUGGCAACGGCAUUCUGGAGAAUCUGGAACUCGGAGUUAAUGUUGUCCAUCAGAUUCGAAAUCUGGGGCUUCGAGUCGAGAACCUCAACACUCUGAGUAUAGGCAUUGUAGCGAACACCAAAGGGUC